AUGUGGAAUCCACCAGAGUUCAUUCUUGAAGCUGCUUCUUCAAACCCACAAGAAAAGUCACUGCUGGACUCCAGCCCCAGGGCCCAAGACCUCAGGACCCAAGACCUCAGGACCCAAGACCUCAGGACCCAAGACCUCAGGACCCAAGACCUCAGGGCCCAAGACCUCAGGACCCAAGACCUCAGGGCCCAAGACCUCAGGACCCAAGACCUCAGAGCCCAAGACCUCAAGGCCCAAGACCUCAGAGCGACACAAGAGAACCAGGAGCUGGAGCUGGUGGUGCCGCUGUCCUUCAGAGAGAUGAACCUGGUGAAAGGGCAGCGCUACAGUCUGAUGCAGCUCAUACAAGUGUUCCAUCCAGCGCUGGAAAAACAGACUCUCUCUCCACACUCUCUGUCCGUCUCUAAACUCCUCUUCAUCUUAGACGGCCUGGACGAGAGCAGACUGGGUCUGGACUUUGACUGUGAGCUCAUCUCUGAGGUUGCGGGGGGUGGGGGGCGACGACGUCGGGGGGGGGGGGUGGGUCGGGGGGGGGGGGGGGAGGGGGGGGGGGGGGGGGGGGGGGGGGGGGGGGUGGGGGGGGGGAUGGGGGGGGGGGGGGGUCCAAAUAGAGUGGGGGUGGGGGUGAGGGGGGGGGGGGGGGGGGUGACAGGGGGAGGGGGAGGGAAGGAGGGGGGGGUACGGGGGGGGGGGGGGGUGGUGGGGGGGGGGGGUGUGGUUGAGGGUGAGGUGGUGGGGGGGGGGGUGGGGGGAGGGGGGGGCGAGGGGUGCACAGUGGGGGUGGGGGGGUUGGGGGGGUAG